CCCUCAGCACUGACCCUCUGACAGUGUUGAAAUAUGCACAAAUAUCUGUCCGGUGGGUGGGCUCUGGUUGGGGGAGUGGUGAAUGGAAAGAAAGCACUCUGCUGAUGAGGUGGGCACUUCCUCGUAAAAAUGUCCCGUUGGCGGAGCGGGCAUGCUGCGGGUUGGGAUGGGUGAUGUGAGCAGUGUGAGAUUUCUCUUCAAUCUCUCAGUCGAAUUCUCUUCCUCCGCAAUCCUCUCCGUCCUUUCUCAUUGGCAGUUCAGGGACUACCAGAGUUUUGCCAAACAUGGCUGCACCAAGGAUAACCCUAUCCUGGAGAGGUUCAUCAGUCUGUUCAACAGCGUGUCCCAGUGGGUCCAGAUGAUGGUACUGAGCAUGCGCACCCCGCAACAGAGGGCAGAGGUCAUCACCAAAUUCGUCCACGUCGCCCAGAGACUGCUCCAGCUCCAGAAUUACAACACUCUGAUGGCAGUGAUCGGUGGGCUGAGUCACAGCGCCAUCUCCCGCCUGAAGGAAACCUACCAUUACGUCAGCCCCGAUGUCGUAAAGGUAGGAGCCUAGGGAACGGGGUUCUGU